AUGGCAGCAGUUACUCGCCGGCAGUUUGCUCCGUUGAAACCCGGCGCCGCGGCCAACUCAAACGCACCUCGACUCAAGGGCAUUGUCUUCGACAUGGACGGAACGUUAUGUGAGCCCCAAACCUACAUGUUCGGCGAGAUGCGCCAGGCUCUCGGCAUUACCAAGUCCGUCGACAUCCUCGACCACAUCUACGCUCUUCCCACACAGGAGGCCCAGGAAACGGCCAUGGAUUCCAUCCGCCAGAUAGAGCGCAAUGCCAUGGCUUCCCAGGUCGCCCAGCCGGGUUUGGCCGAUCUCAUGUCCUACCUCGACCGCCGCAGCGUCCGUAAGGGCAUUUGCACCCGCAAUUUUGACGGCCCCGUCGCCCACCUGCUCGGCAAGUUUCUUGAGGGAUCACUCUUCGAGCCCAUCAUUACCCGCGACUUCCGCCCACCCAAGCCCGAUCCCGCUGGUAUUUUGCACAUCGCUCGGAGUUGGGGUUUGGUCAAGCCGGCAGAGUCACAGAGCGGUCCUAGGGACGAGGCUACGCAAGGGUCACAAGUAAUGCAGGGCGAUGCCAGUGAGUUGAUCAUGGUUGGAGACUCAAUCGACGACAUGACCGCUGGCCGCAGGGCUGGUGCGGCCACGGUGCUACUCGCCAACGAUGUCAAUGCGCACUUGAUUGAUCAUGAACAUACUGACUUGGUGAUUCGGCGGCUGGAUGAGCUGAUUCCCAUUCUCGAGGAGGGAUUUAGCGGCAGGGAAUUGACGCCUUCAACAUGA